UUGGGUUGAAGCUUGUCAGUUGUCACUCGGCUAAAUCAGAAUACAGAAUCGGGUUACGGAGUACGAACAAAAUGCAGUUCACCAGUGCCAGGAUAUUUCUAGUGUGGAUGGGUCUCAUGUGCCUGGUUCCUUACAGUGUCGAGGCCUCUAAUGGAUUCCCGUCGCCCCUGAAGCGCUGCAAGGUGCAGGACGAGGUCUGCCUCGUGGCACAGGCGCAGACCUUUUUCAGAGCCUUCAAACGAGGCAUUCCGGAGCGGCAGGUGGCCAGUCUGGAACCCAUCGAGCUGGACACCAUGCGCGUGGAGAGCGGAGGCCACUCGAAGUCGCUGCAGUUCAAGCUGGUCAUACACAAAGCCAAGCUGCACAACCUGGCCAACUCCGCGGUGGUGAAGAGCGUGAAGGGCUUCACCAAGGACCUUACCAAGCCGCUCAAGCUAACCAUGGUCAUGGAUGCACCCGAACUGAUGUUGCGGGCCAAGUACGAUGUGGACGGCAAACUGCUCAUCCUGCCAAUCGUUGGCAAGGGCGAUAUAACCAUUCGGUUGGACGAGGUCCAGACCAAGUCGAGGAUUAUGGCGGAGCCGGUGAAGCGGGCUGAUGGCCAUACAUACCUUAACAUCACCGACUACCAGACGGUGACCAAGAUCAAGAGUGGCCACUUCGACUUGUCGAACCUGUUCAACGACAACGUGGAGUUGCGGGAGAGCACCUUGAAGGUCCUUAACCAGGAGUGGAACGCCCUGGCUGCGGAUGUCCAACCGAAAAUCAACGAGGCCUGCUCCAAGGCCUUCAAAUCCAUCCUGCAAAAUCUGUGGAAUAAUAUACCCUAUGACGAGUUCUUCGAGACGGAAUAAACACUGUGCCAAGUGAAGCACUGUUUACGCAAGAAUAUUAUACUUAAUACUUUGUUGAAUACUGUUUCAGUCAUGAAACUAAUACAUAUGUAUCUCAAAAUAAUUAGAGCAUUUAAAAAAAAGAUUUCUUCUAUUUAAAGGCAUCUCCUUUAUGAGCGAUCAAGUUCUGGGCUUUAAGUUUGCAAUCAAAAUAGGUUAAACUUGUUUUUUAUUUCUAGAAAAGGAUUACGCUUGGUGAUUUCGUUUUUUAGUUUUAAUUCUAAAUGUAUAUUUAAUAAGUAAUCCCUAUUUUAAUAAAUCCAUAUUGACUUGAGUAAAAAUCAGAAAA